AUGGAUGAAGCAUUCGGUGGCUUGGCUCUUGACGAUGAGAGCCAAGCAGGCAGGAACGUGUCAGCCCGCCAGCAGCGGAUAGAUGCCGCUCGAGCAGCUUCCAAGUCUUAUCAGCCCAAAAUCGACAGCGAUCAUUGGUACGAGAGUGACAGGUACGCGGGCAAAGGCAAGGAGAACGAGUACAGGAUCAAUGCACUCUACUUCAGUAAAGACUACGCAGCCUGCUUUCGACUCUGCAUCGAAUCACUCGACCGAGUCUCGCAUAUGACAGAAUCAGAUCUCGCAGGCAGAGAUGAAGCGCAACCACAACACAGCGCCAAAGCGUCAGCGGCAUCCGAACGAUCCGCAGUCUGUGCUGCUCUGUGUGACACUGCGCUGCGCUGCGCUAUACAUCUAGACUUGCGCGACGACCAGCAAGUCGCCAGACUGCUGGCCAUGCAGCGUGAUCGCUUCUGGCGCUCUCAGCCGGGCAGUGUCCUCACAAGUCUGGACUAUGCUCUUCUUGUCAAAGAUGACAGACGGGCACUGCAAGCGUUGAUCGCCUACCUAGGUAAGACUCCCGGCGCAAUUCCUGCUUACCUUGCGCUCUUCAGCAAGCUCGUUGCGGCGAUCGUGCCUGAUGAGACGGCCAAGUCAGACGAAGAGCUUGCCAGCUUGCUCCAUCUGUCGAAGCCAGAGAUUGUGACGCUCGAACGUAUCCUGACGGUGCAAAACGAUAGAGACGCUCGUCAGUCCAACAGCAAGGCCGGCCUGCAGGUUGCGCAAGAGUCAGAGAAACAGACACUCUCUGCAGGCUGA